AUGGGCCGCAAGCCGAAUCCCAUUAUCCUGCAGUUCUUCGAGCGCGGCCCACGGCUGGCCGACAACAGCAACCGCUAUCCGCACCGGUGCAAAGCAUGCGGCGAGUCGUUCCCCAAGGGCCGCGCCGAGUCGCUGAUGACACACAUCUCCAAAAAGUGCCCGGCCAUCAGCGAAGCCGACCGGAUUAAUGCGUGUCUCUCGCUCAACGGCCUGAGCCACCACAUUGCGGCGGCGGCGGCGGCAUCGGCGAGUGCGGGUGGCGGCGCGGGAGGCGGCGGCCAGGGGGGGCCUGCAGCAGCAAGCCCACGCCUGGCCGCGGCCAACGGCGGACCGAGCCAGACACACGCCCACCACCACCACCUGCUGGCCGCAAGCAACAACGGCAACGGCACGAACAAUGCGGCGGCGGCAGCGGCAGCGGCGGCGGCCGUUGCAGCGGCUGCGGCGGCCGUGUCGUCCUCGCCCUCCACGUCGGCUGUGGACGCCGCCGCCAUCCAGCGCGACUGGACGGCUCUCGAGACGCUGGCCGAGGUGUCGCGCCAGAUCGACCUGAGCGAGAAGCACGACGACCGCGCGCCCGGCGGCGAGGGUGACGCGACAAACGGGGCGAAUGCGAACGCGACAGCAGGCAAGAAGAACGGCGACGCGGCCGGUGCCUCGUCUUCGUCGGUGAACCACUUCGACCCCUCUGACCUUCUUCGAUCCGACCCGAACACCAUGGAGGAGGACACGGACGCAGACCAGAAGCUGACUCCGGAGCAGUUGCAACAGCAGCAACAGCAGCAGCAGCAGGCCGAGGUGGAGAAGAUGCUCAGUGCGGCCGCCGACCAGGACGGCAUCACGUUUGACCAGAUCAAGCGUCUUGAAGAGGCCAACCUGUCUAUGGCGGCGGCGGCCGCCUCUGCGCAGCUGAACCCUUCCUUGCUCGACCCUCAACUGCGCGCAGAAGAGCCCGUCGCCGCGACAGCGGCAGCUGCCGUGGCAGCUGCUGCGGCCGCCGCGGCCACGGCCUCGAACAACGCCGGCACGCCGCAGUCGGACAUGGCAGCCGCCAGUGCGGGCGUUGAAAAGCUCGGCGUUGACAGCGCCGUGGCCACUGGUGCGACGACGCCGGUGGAUGCCACCCCCAACAACAUGGCCGAGACGGCCGUCAUGACACCCGACGGUGUCGACGGCGAUGAGCCCAUGCCCGACGCGCUUCUCACAGCCACGACGGGUGGUGGUGGCGCCGCCAGCGUGGCCGCAAGCCAGCCCUGGGGCGAGAUCACGUACCUGGCCGAGAACGUCGUGCUGCCCGUCUUUCCAUCGUCGGCGGCGGACGCCCACCACCACCACCACCUGCUGCCCGCCAGCCCCGGCGACCCCAAUCGCAUCAGCUUCAACAUGAACAACCCAAACGAGGUUGGCCGACCCAGGCAGGGCCGUGCCCGCUUUAACACGACGCGCCGCAAGGAGGUCCAGGAGGUUCGCCGCAUCGGCGCCUGCAUACGCUGCCGCAUCCUGCGCAAGACCUGCUCCAAGGGCAGCCCCUGCGACCAGUGCCGCAAGGUCCUCUCGCCGCGCGUCUGGCGCUCUGGCUGUGUGCGCACCAAGUUCACCGAGCAGCUCGACAUAUUCUGUGCGGGCGUGCAGGUUGUUCUGGCGCAGCACCGCGCCAACCAGCUGCGCGAGACGGUCGACGUCGUCAACAAAGGCCUCAUGAUUGAGGCCACGCACUUCCCCGACAACCCAGCCGUCUCCGUCACCCUCGAGGUGUUUCAGAGCAACGGUCCCAAGGACCCGAGCGCGGUCGACAACGCUGCUGCCGCUGCUGCUGCUGCUGCCGCUGCCGCAUCGUCUACGACUAGCGCUGCUGAUGUCGCUGCGGCUGCUGCGGCGGCUGCGGCGGCCGUGUCUGCUGCUGCUGCUGUAUCUGCUGCCGCCGCUGCCGCGGGCGAUGUCACCCCUGCAGAUGGUGCUGAAGCGACCGCACCCGAGCCUGGCAGCAAUGAGGGGGGCGCUGCUACAGCCUCGGAUGAGACGACGGCUGACAAUUCGGCUGCAGCCGCCACCGAUGGCGACACAGAGCCUGCCAAGGAGCCCGCAGUCGAGGCGGCGCCGGCGCCAGCGCCAGCGCCAGCACCACCCACCAUUGCGCCACUGCACCUCUGGGAGAAAGACGAGAUCGUCAUGGUCGACACCGCCAAGGACGACGUCCCGCUGAAGAUGGAGUACUACAUGCGCAACAUGCUGCCCGAGUUCAUCCAGCGCGAGCCCUCGCUCUUUGUCCGCACCUUGCUGGAGACUGCCACCGCCCUGGCCCAGGAGACGAACAGCGUGCUCUUGAAAAAGGCCAUUGAGCUGUGGGGCCUCGUCGAGAUCUUGGACCGUGAGCGCCAGUGGCAGAUCCGCGUCAAGCCGAUGCCCGGAAACAACGGCAAAGCCAAGGAAACGGGCGCAUCAAACGACCCGGCCGACGGCAAAGACGGCAGCAACGAAACCGGAAAAGUCGAGGAGCCGCGCCAGAUCCGCGCCGACACCGACCAGGAGACGUAUACGACGCUCUGCCUGCAGCUGACUGCUGGGGCCGAGCGCAAGGCGGCAGCUAUUAGCAACAGCCUGCUGACCACGAUGCAGCGUCUGCUGCAGGACAGCAAGACCAAGAUUGACUUUACCAUGUACUUCACGACGCUGAUCCUGCUCAACUGCGUCGAAAAGUCCACCUGGGGCUUCAAGGCCUGGGACCAGGAGACGCUGCGCGAGAUGUGGCCGCUCGAGCGCACGCCGCACGAUUUUGCCCAGCAGGGCUACGUCAUUGCCGACCUGCUGCGCAUGCUCCUGAGCAUCCGCAAGGCCCUGCCGCGCACCUUUUGUCGUGCCAACGACGGCAUGCUGGUCACGGAGGAGACCGACCCGGUCGUCCGUACCUUUUUCGAAACCAUCAAGCUGAACUACGACGAGGUUGUGGCCAAGCACGAUCACCCCGUCUUCUCGCCGACUGACUCGCGGUCGUUUGAGCUGCUCUUCUGCUCGUCCCUGCUGGUCACCCUGCGGGACUAA